AUGAAGCUCGUCUUUCCAGUCGCGCGUGGGACUACUCGGUCAGGACUCGGAGAACUAUUAUGCAUUAAGAACUAUACACCCCUGUUCCUGGGAACAUCUCUCUCCCUCGGCAUCUCUCCGCCUGUGCCAUAUACUCAGAACCGAUCACGAUGCGGCCAACGACGAUAUACCAGCAAUUCCACUGCCCCUCUAAAACAAAAUGAAUACCCAAGGAAACUCAAUUCCCCGUCCAAUACAGACAAUGCACCACAACCGUCAACACCCUCAACAUCUUUAUCCGAUCAAGUCCGCCUCCUCAUGCGUCGGGUCCCCUACCCCGUCGCAAUCAUAACAGCAACCGAUCCCUCUGGUCCAGAAGACACAACUUCAUUCCGUGGCAUGACAGUCUCCUCCUUCAGCACCGUCACCCUCACCCCACACCCUGUGAUCUCGUUCAAUGUUCGUCGCCCAUCGGAGACAUUGAAUGCGUUGCUUGCUUCGCGUCGGUUUCUGGUUCAUUUGCUUGCACCGGGCCCGGCCACUGCUACUCUAGCCAGGGAUUUCUCCAAGGGUAAUGUUACCCUCGCUGCUAUGUUGAGAGGACAUGGUCAGUUUGAGUUCGCGGCAUUGCCUACUAAAGACCAGGAGGGACACUCUCAAAGACCACUUCCUAUUCUUAAGCGGAGGGCGGAAGCAGCAUCUGCAAAUGAUGGCGUCGAUUUCCCUUUUGUUUUUGAAUGUACCCUACACCCGGACAAGAUUGAUGUGCACGAUCACUCAAUUGUGCUGGGUACUGUUGUUCGGGCGAUCGAGGGCUCUGGGUCUGUUUGGGCGCAGGGACUAGAUGGCAAGGUCUUGGAUGAGCACUCACCUGAGCGGCUUUGUCUAACGUAUGCAAACACCAAAUUUUGGAAGAUGGGAGGCGAACUUUGA